AAAAAAAUGAAAAACAGUUCGUAUACCUUUAAGAGAGCUGAAUUUCGGUUAUCAAAAUUUUCUACAUUAUCAGCACUUAUAUUUUUGCGCUGUGCAGCACUGGCUUACAGCUGUUUGUGUUUUGGUUUUCCGCGACAUGCUCGGUGUUACGUGCUCUGCACCAAUAUUGCAGAUCUGGAGAGGAGAAAUGAGCGGACUCCUUCCUAAGUUGUGGCGGCCAUGUGAAGUGGGGCUAGUCCGGCUCAGCCAACCACUGAUCGGCUCCGGCGCCAGUCACAGUCGGUGGACAGGAACUCGUCUUCUGGCCACCAGUGCGGAUAAUAAUCCAGCAGCUGGACUCCGGGAGCUGCCCCACUGCAAUGUUGGCACCAUUGGUCACGUGGACCAUGGUAAAACGACACUGACCGCCGCCAUUACUAGAAUCCAGUCACAGAAGGGUCUAGCGGAGUUCCUGUCCUACGACCAGAUCGAUCGGGCGCCCGAGGAAAAGGCGCGUGGUAUAACAAUAAAUGCUUGCCAUAUUGGGUAUUCCACUGCAGAGCGCACCUACGCUCACACGGAUUGCCCGGGUCAUGCAGACUACAUAAAGAACAUGAUCUCGGGCGCCUCCCAAAUGGAUGGUGCCAUCCUAGUUGUGGCCGCCACUGACGGCCAAAUGCCCCAGACUCGCGAGCACCUGCUUCUGGCAAAACAGGUGGGCAUCCAGCGCAUCAUAGUCUUUAUAAACAAGGCCGAACUGGUGGACCAGGAGGUUCUAGAACUGGUCGAAAUUGAGAUGCGCGAGAUGUUGACUGAUUUUGGCUUUGAUGGCUUAAAUAGCCCGGUUAUUUGUGGUUCAGCGUUGCUGGCCCUUCGCGAAGAUAAGUCGGAGUUCGGGGUUCCGUCAAUUGAAAAGCUACUUGAGCAUUGCGACUCUUACAUACCAACGCCGCAGCGGGAUAUCGCAUCCCCAUUUAUUCUGCCAAUAGAUAAUGCUUUUACGGUACCCGGAAGGGGAACCGUAGUCGUGGGCACCAUCAAAAGGGGCACCAUUCCACGGAACGCGGAUGCCGACCUACUGGGAUUCAAUCAGAACCUAAAGACGAGCAUCAGCGACAUCCAGAUAUUUCGGAAGAGCGUGCCCCAGGCAGAGGCUGGCGAGAACGUCGGUGCACUGCUGCGAGGUAUAAAGAUAUCCGCCGUGGAACGGGGAAUGCUACUGUGCGCAACCGGUUCCGAGGAUAUAUCCAACCACUUUGAAGGUUCCAUGUACCUGCUAUCGCGGGCCGAGGGCGGUCGUGUCAAGCCCAUGCUCUCCAAGUAUAUCCAGCAGCUCUUCAGCCAGACGUGGAAUGUUCCAGCCAGAAUUGACAUAAUUCCAAGUGAGGCUAUGCUAAUGCCGGGUGAGCAUGGCCAGGUGCGCGUCACGCUAAUGCGGAAAAUGGUCAUGACGCCGGGCCAAGCCUUCACAAUUCGCGAGAACGGAGCCACGGUGGCUACCGGAAUGGUGACGCAGCGUCUGCCGUCUCUUGACCUGCCUAAGAACAAGUUAUCAAAAGUCAUGGUGGACUGUUAACGACUCGAGAUUGUAUUUGUAAAAAUUUUCUGUUCAUCAUACACGAGUACUUGAAUUCUAAUAUAUAUAUUUGUAUGUGUUUAGA